UCCCGUGUGGAAUGAUAGAGAGAGCUUCAUCGCAGAAACCCCCUAAAGUGCUUUAUCCGAGGAGGACAACUACUACCUUCUUCCCUUUGUUUUGGCCAACCUCUACUUCCUCCACCUACUCCCUUUUCUCUCAAUCCAUCUCUUCCCCAAUUCAGUAUUUUUUCUCACUUUCAUUCUUCAGUCCCUCCCUUCUCUCCAAGGCUCUCUGUUUCCAUAUCUCCUCCCCCGUCUUCUAUCUUUCCGUCUCCUGCCGUCCGGUCUGUCGCGUGUCCCAUAUAGACCUUGCUCUUUAUGGCUGAGUGAAGUGACCGGCCAGGGACUCUGGUGGAGUGAGUGACCGGCCAGGGACUCUGGUGGAGUGAGUGACCGGCCAGGGACUGUGGAGGACUUUACGUGGGAGUAAGGAUGGCGGUGAACUUUUCGGAGGUUUGGGGUCGGGUAAAGAAUGUGUGUGCGCAGAACGGGCUCCUCAUCCUGUCUGUGUUGGCCGUUGUCAUUGGCUGCAUGAUGGGGUUCCACCUGCGGGGAAAGCAGCUCUCAGACCAGGAGGUGAAAUAUUUCCAGUUUCCUGGAGAGCUCCUGAUGAGGAUGUUAAAGAUGCUCAUUCUUCCCCUCGUCGUCUCCAGUUUGAUGUCGGGGCUGGCAGCCCUGGACGCCAAGUGUUCCAGCCGCCUCGGCAUCAUGACCGUCUCCUACUACCUGUGGACCACCUUCGUGGCGGUGGUGGUGGGCAUCCUCAUGGUUACCAUCAUCCACCCAGGUGGCGCCGCCCAGAAGGAGGACAACGAGGACAGCGGCAAGCCAAUCAUGAGCUCCGCUGAUGCCCUGCUUGAUUUGAUUCGCAACAUGUUUCCAGCCAACUUGGUCCAGGCAACUUUCCAACAGUACCGUACCAGGAGUAUCCCCAUCAUGAAGACCCCUCCGCCCACGGUGACAGCUCCCCUGAUGGAGAGCACCACCCGGAGGGUCUAUAUCUACGGUGUCCAGGACGACAACGGAACAGACGUCCAGAACUUCUCCCUGGACCUGACGCCCCCGCCAGACGUCCAGAUGCGCACGCUGCCCGGGACCAGCGACGGCAUGAACGUCCUGGGGAUCGUCAUCUUCUCCGCCACAAUGGGUAUCAUGCUGGGUAGAAUGGGGCCUAAUGGCAGCGCCCUGGUCAACUUCUGUCAGAGUUUAAACGAGGCUGUCCUGAAGAUUGUCGCCAUAGUGAUCUGGUACUUCCCGUUCGGCAUCGUGUUCCUGGUGGCCGGUAAGAUCCUAGAGAUGGAUGACCCGUCAGCCAUGGGGAAGAAGCUGGGUUUCUAUGCCAUCACCGUGGUGAUGGGCCUGAUCCUCCAUGGUCUCUUCAUCCUCCCGGCCAUGUACUUCUUCAUCACCAAGAAGAGCCCCAUCGUCUACAUCAGGGGCAUCCUGCAGGCCCUGCUCAUCUCCCUGGCAACCUCCUCCAGCUCGGCCACGCUGCCCAUCACUUUCAAGUGCCUCCUGGAGAACAACCACAUCGACCGACGCAUCAUCCGCUUCGUGCUCCCUGUGGGCGCCACCAUCAACAUGGACGGGACAGCGCUCUACGAGGCCGUGGCAGCCAUCUUCAUCGCCCAGGUCAACAACUACGAGCUAGACUUCGGCCAGAUCAUAACCAUCAGUAUCACAGCUACGGCUGCCAGUAUUGGUGCAGCUGGAAUCCCGCAGGCCGGAUUGGUCACCAUGGUGAUCGUGUUAACGUCGGUGGGCCUGCCCACUGAUGACAUCACUCUCAUCAUUGCUGUAGAUUGGGCGUUGGACCGUUUCAGGACCAUGGUCAACGUGAUGGGAGAUGCCCUGGCCACGGGGAUCAUGGCUCACAUCUGCAGAAAAGACUUCGUCAAGGAAGGAGAGCAGGUGCCUCUGAUCUGUGAGACCAAGCCCAUGAUCAGCAUCCAGCAGAUGAUGACGUACCAGAAGAACGGUGGGUACCAGCACCCUCCCUGCGGACCAGAGGGCCCGGACGUGGCUCGUUUGAUGCAGCUGGAGGAGGGGUUACGGCCGGAGCAGAGGAAGAGGAACCCCCACGCUCCCCAACACAAGAGGGAGCACAAGGACAAGGACCACUGCUCCAUCGACAUGAAUGGCCUGGAGACUAACGUAUAGAGGGAGCCAGUCAUCAGCACCACAGCAACCGGCUGCGUCCCGAUUCUCCACAUUUCUCUAGAAGUGUGCACAUGCAUACUCUCCGUCACGGAUCUAACAGUGGUGGAUCUAACAACUCCCUCCAGCCAAUGGUUACACCAGUUCAAUGUUUUUAACACCAUGACAAGGAGUGGGAAAGUGCAUACUUUGGAAAAAGGUGGACAAUCAGAAUGCAGCCAAGAUUAUAGCUACAGGCGAGAGGAGGGGACUGACUGACCAACUGCAACAGAUGCAGGAUGAGGAUCCAACAAGAAAAUAUGAUUUUCUACAUGAUUUAUAUUAUGACCCAGUAUGAUUGUGCAUGUGUGUGUAUGUACUUAUCAGAGUUGUUACACGCCAGCAGAAUGAUUUUAGAGAAACAUUCUAUAUGAUGAGGAGACAUUCUAUAUGAGGAGCAGGCAUUCUAUAUGAUGAGAAGACAUUCUAUAUGAUGAGGAGACAUUCUAUAUGAGGAGCAGGCAUUCUAUAUGAUGAGGAGACAUUCUAUAUGAUGAGGAGACAUUCUAUAUGAUGAGGAGACAUUCUAUAUGAUGAGAAGACAUUCUAUAUGAUGAGGAGACAUUCUAUAUGAGGAGCAGGCAUUCUAUAUGAUGAGGAGACAUUCUAUAUGAUGAGGAGACAUUCUAUAUGAGGAGCAGGCAUUCUAUAUGAUGAGAAUACAUUCUAUAUGAUGAGGAGACAUUCUAUAUGAUGAGAAGACAUUCUAUAUGAUGAGAAUACAUUCUGUAUGAUGAGGAGACAUUCUAUAUGAGGAGCAGGCAUUCUAUAUGAUGAGAAGACAUUCUAUAUGAUGAGGAGACAUUCUAUAUGAUGAGGAGGCAUUCUAUAUGAGGAGCAGGCAUUCUAUAUGAUGAGGAGACAUUCUAUAUGAUGAGGAGACAUUCUAUAUGAUGAGGAGACAUUCUAUAUGAGGAGCAGGCAUUCUAUAUGAUGAGGAGACAUUCUAUAUGAUGAGGAGACAUUCUAUAUGAGGAGCAGGCAUUCUAUAUGAUGAGAAUACAUUCUAUAUGAUGAGGAGACAUUCUAUAUGAUGAGAAGACAUUCUAUAUGAUGAGAAUACAUUCUGUAUGAUGAGGAGACAUUCUAUAUGAGGAGCAGGCAUUCUAUAUGAUGAGGAGACAUUCUAUAUGAUGAGGAGACAUUCUAUAUGAUGAGGAGACAUUCUAUAUGAUGAGAAGACAUUCUAUAUGAUGAGGAGACAUUCUAUAUGAUGAGGAGAUAUUCUAUAUGAUGAGAAUACAUUCUAUAUGAUGAGGAGACAUUCUAUAUGAUGAGAAGACAUUAUAUAUGAUGAGGAGACAUUCUAUAUGAUGAGAAGACAUUCUAUAUGAUGAGGAGACAUUCCAUUUGACAAUGACACAUUUCAUAUGACAAGGGGACAUUCUAUAUGACAAGGAGAGCUUCUAAAUGAUGAGGAGACAUUCCAGGUGACAAUGACACAUUCCAUAUGACAAGGGGACAUUCUAUAUGACAAGGAGAGCUUCUAAAUUAUGAGGAGACAUUCCAUGUGACAAUGACACAUUCUAUAUGACAAGGAUAAAUUAUUUUUGACAAAGACACAUUCUAUAUGACAAGGGGACAUUCUAUAUGACAAGGAUAUAUUUUAUAUGUUGAGGAGACGUUCCAUGUGUCAAUGAGACAUUAUAUAUGACAAGAAGACAUUCUAUAUGACAAGGAGACAGUCUAUAGGAUGAAGAGACAUUCUAAAUGACAUGGAGAUAUUUUAUAUGUUGAGGAAACAUUCCAUGUGUCAAUGAGACAUUAUAUAUGACAAGGAGACAGUCUAUGAUGAGGAGACAUUCUAAAUGACAAGGAGACAUUCUAUAUGGCAAGCAGACAUUCUAUACGAUGAGCAGACAUUCUAUACGAUGAUGAGACAUUCUAAAUGACAAGGAGGUAUUCUAUAUGAUGAGCUGACAUUCUAUAGGAUGAAGAGACAUUCUAUAUGAAGAGCAGACAUUCUAUAUAAUGAGGAGACAUUCCAUAUGACAAGGAGACAUUAUAUAUGAUGAGGAGACAUUUUAAAUGCCUAGGAGACAUUCUAUAUGACAAGGAGUCUUUUCAUAUGAAGAGCAGACAUUCUUUAUGAAAAGCAGACAUUCUAUACAUUGAGACGUUCUAUAUGACAAGGAGUCAUUUCAUAUGAAGAGCAGACAUUCUUUAUGAAAAGCAGACAUUCUAUACAUUGAGACGUUCUAUAUGACAAGGAGUCUUUUCAUAUGAAGAGCAGACAUUCUUUAUGAAAAGCAGACAUUCUAUACAUUGAGACGUUCUAUAUGACAAGGACACAUUGUAUGUGAAGAGCAGACAUUCUAUACAAUGAGGAGUUGUUCUAUAUGACAAGGAGACGUUCUAUAUGACAAGCAGAUAUUCUAUACAAUGAGGAGACAUUCUAUAUGACAAGGAGAUAUUCUAUAUGAAGAGCAGACAUUCUACAUGACGAGCACCCAUUCUAUACAAUGAGGAGACAUUCUAUAUAUGAUAUGGAGACAUUCUAUAUAUGAUAUGGAGACAUUCUAUAUAUGAUAUGGAGACAUUCUAUAUGAUAUGGAGACAUUCUAUAUAUGAUAUGGAGACAUUCUAUAUGAUAUGGAGACAUUCUAUAUAAUAUGGAGACAUUCUAUAUGAUAUGGAGACAUUCUAUAUAUGAUAUGGAGACAUUCUAUAUGAUAUGGAGACAUUCUAUAUGAUAUGGAGACAUUCUAUAUGAUAUGGAAACAUUCUAUAUAUGAUAUGGAGACAUUCUAUAUAUUAUAUGGAGACAUUCUAUAUGAUGAGGAGACAUUCUAUAUGAUGAGGAGACGUUCUAUAUGAUGAGGAGACGUUCUAUAUAUGAUAUGGAGACAUUCUAUAUGAUAUGGAGACAUUCUAUAAAUGAUAUGGAGACAUCCUAUAUGAUAUGGAGACAUUCUAUAUAUGAUAUGGAGACAUUCUAUAUGAUAUGGAGACAUUCUAUAUGAUAUGGAGACAUUCUAUAUGAUAUGGAGACAUUCUAUAUGAUAUGGAGACAUUCUAUAAAUGAUAUGGAGACAUCCUAUAUGAUAUGGAGACAUUCUAUAUAUGAUAUGGAGACAUUCUAUAUGAUAUGGAGACAUUCUAUAUGAUAUGGAGACAUUCUAUAUAUGAUAUGGAGACAUUCUAUAUGAUAUGGAGACAUUCUAUAUGAUAUGGAGACAUUCUAUAUAUGAUAUGGAGACAUUCUAUAUAUGAUAUGGAGACAUUCUAUAUAUGAUAUGGAGCCGUUCUAUAUGAUGAGGAGACAUUCUAUUCAAUGAGGAGACAUUUUAUAUGAAAAGCAGAUAUUCUAUACGAUGAGGAGACAUUCUAUACAUGAGAAGCAUACAUUUUAUACGAUGACAUAAGAGAUAAAGAAGAACUGUGGGAAUCUUCAGUCGGGAUUGAGGAUCUGUGGACCUGUGGAUAAUGACAGCACAGCUAAGCUUGAGCCUUAGCCUUCCAUCUUAGCUAAUCAACAACCCCCUCACAAUGGACGUGUCAGUCAGUCUGUCUCUCUGUCUGCUGAGCUGAGAGGUGAAUGUGACUACACUCUCAUUACGCUUGUGGACUAUGGAUAAAUAGGAAGAACUCAUUUCUUUUUUGAAAAUAUUACUGAAAUGUUAUUGAAAAUGUUAUAUUUUGCAUUGUUUUUUUUUUCUUGUUGAAUUUUGUAUGUUUUUAUCAUUCAGUUCUUUUUCUGAACAACAUCAUCACACAAACAAAUGUAAUGUUGCCUCAAAACCCCCAUACGGGGUUAUGGUCAUUUUAGGCUCAUUGGUUAGUCUUAUAUACCCAGCAGGUUACUCUCACAAUCAUCAUUGGAGAUAAUACAGUAAUUUACAGUAUGGGGGUACCCCUAAACAUUCAAGGCAAGAGCAGCAAGCUACAACUAAAUAACCACAGGUCAUACUCUGACUAUGUUUAUGAUAAUAUAUGCUGUAAAUAUAUUUAUUUCAAAAGUGAAAAGGAAUUUGUAGUUUGUAUAAACAGACAGUAUGAUUCAACAGGCGCCAUUAUAUUUCUGUCAUGAAAUUAACAUAAUUAUUCAUUGUUUCUUCUAGUCCAAUUGCACAAAAUGUAACCCCCUUUUCUGUAAAAAAACAAACAAACAAACAAAAUAUAUAUAUAUAUUCUAAGGAAAAACAAAUACACAUAUUGAACUGUU